GUAUGACAGUAGAGGUCCAUUUGUUAACCUUUUAAAACUCACAACAAAUGGUUAAUAUACCCAUGCUAACUUCCGAUUAGCUCCUCAGCCAUAGGCCUAUUUGAAUCAUUUAAAUGUUAUAAUACACAUAAAUAGCCCAAACCUGAUUGUGAGAAAACGGAAAAUCCAGAAAAAAGUAUUUCCUAUAUUUUUAAUACAAAAUACAUGUAGGCCUAUUGUAUUUUGUUAUAUUUUCUGGCACCAGUAUUUUGUAUUUCAUUUGAAUACAUUUAUUUGAGGGGUAUUUUGUAUCAACAUACAUUUUGAAGUAUUUUUGCCCAUCUCUGUGCACACUGUAGGCUACUUUACUCAAUGCACCGAGCGUGAGAAGGGGAGGACAACUUUUGCACUAGCUACAAACUUCCUGGCGUAGCAUAUAAUUAUGAUGUCAAUGAUAAUGUCAAGCUUCUGCACGCUUGACAUUUCCGGAUUCUUACAGUUGGAUGAAGCUCCUGGAGCACUCUACUGGAUGUGUUAUCGACAGACAUAUGUCCCUCUUUCUCCUCUAUUAGUCAUUUUGAAGAAUGUGCGUGCAGGCUGAUGGCGCCUGGUCCUGCACAACAAGUGGCACACAGCUCCUCCAAACCCAAACGUUGGUGACCGAUGGAAGUGAGGAUAUUGGUUAGAUGAAUAACAAUAAUUUGUUCACAGUGCAUGAAUGAGUUUCUUUCUUCUUGUCGUGAGUUACGAUCAGGCUCUCUGUACCUCAGCGCAUCGUGAACGAACAACUCUUUGACUUAAAACAGUCAUGGUUCUAUAGACUGCGGGAUUUUUACCACAUUUAUGAUGAACACAGAACAAUUAAAACAUGGAAACAGAGUUGAAGUACGAAUUGUGUUAUCGUCAUACUUUAGGCGUAAAAAGACAGAGGAGCAAAAUGGAGGUAAACUAAAUGUCUAAUGAUCUAAUGCUGGAUCACAUUAUCGUUCCAUGCAGCAGACUGGUGCUGAGUCUGAGUGGUGGAAUAAUUUAGUGUCAAUACCAAGAGAUACAAAUACUCUAGAAGGAAAUCAACAAUAUAUUUUCAUACCGUGUGUUUCCACAAUAAAUUUGCAGCAUUGAUGAACCGUGAAAGAUUAAGAGUUCACUGCCGAAAGGGGAAUCAAGUCAAUCGAAAAUGUUGUGUGUGGACUUGUUAGAGACCAUAACUCUCCGUACUAUAAUUUACAUCAUACUCUCCACACGGCAUCCUGCUUGAGAGGAAAUUGGCACUUUUCACCCAGAUGGGAGAAAAUGUAGGUUCCAAUCCAAGAUUUACUGCCCUCUAAACCUCAGUAGGUUUGAAUGAGUAAAGUGGAAAUUUGUACUUAUCAGGCUUAUUCUUCCUCAAAAUAACCUGUAAGACAGCUGCUUGUCAAAGUCCUGAUUUUAAGGGCGUGACACUCCCAUCUCUCCCCCCAUGUCUCCCCCCUGCAGCCGAGAGUAUAAAAAUGGAGUGAAUUCAACUUCUGUCACUUCACUUCUUUUGCUCUGCUUGCCGUGUGUCUGGACCUUCAACCUCAUCAUGAGUAAGAACUACUUGUCCAAAAAUGAUGAGCUCCGCAAGGGAGACUAUCUGAUGUCCAACAACGGGAAUUUCAAGGCGAUGUUCCAGGAGGACGGUAACUUUGUCCUGUAUGGCUGGAGUCCUUUGUGGGCUUCAGACACGUGCGGAUCAGACGGUGUCCGCGUGUGCAUGCAGGCUGACUGCAACCUGGUCAUGUACAACCAGCAGUCUGAGGCCAGGUGGCACACCAACUCUGCUAAAGAUGCCGGUAGCAUGUGCCGCCUUCACCUCACAAAUGAUGGAAAGUUGUUGGUGGACAAAGAAAGUGUGGAGAUUUGGAACUCUGAUAAGUCCGAAGGCAAGAAGUGAUUUAUAGUUUGAUGUCAUGUUCAACUGUCCACUAGAGUUACCAGUGAACCUUCCUUCUGUGUCAUCUGGGAUCAAAUAAAAGACCUUUUUCCCAAUGCA